UCAGGACGAAGGUGUCCUUACGCCGUAUCAGGAUUACUUUUGAGGGUUUGAGCGUCGCGUCCGUGACCGACGCGCGUACGUAGUUUGGUGCCGAUUCGGGUUCGAACCGGAACUAGGGAGAAAUUUUUUGCGCGUUGGUGGAUUUCGGGGGUUUGCACGUUCCGAGGAUUGAUUGGGGAUGGAAUUUUAAGGGCACACGUCUCCUACGAGAAUGAGGUCAACCGAGGAUAAGCUUUCAGCAUCAUAACCUUAUAACACAGAUAGACCAAUAGUCCGCAUUUGCAGAUCAUUCCGAACAACCCUCAGAUAAAUCAUCGCCCUUCGAUCCUGAUGCUGAAACGCGUCAAGAAACAGAUGGAAAUAUAACCCCUCUCGAUAAAGUUGGUAGUGUUGGCAGCUAUCGAACUGCAGAACUUUCCUGGACUUCUGGAGAGGAUAUAUCAGAGUAACAGUUGGGAAUGAGCAACGAUCGUCAGCUGUUUCGGGUAAUUUUGACAUCGGCCUGCAUGGAAGAGUGGUUUUCUUUGUCUGAGAGGAAGUUUGGAAGGAAUGCAUGGUGUGUGAGCAGUCUACAAGCUGCAAUUGGUACUGAACUGAGCCAAAUAUGUUAGAGAAGACUGAUAUACUAAAGGGCGUCCACGACUUUCCAAAUAAAAUCGAGACAUUGUGGAGUUUCCAGAGUGGAGGUGGUCCGUAAAAUCUGGUGGUCGAUGAUGAAAAAACGCCGCGGUUGGUGGUGACGUCAUGCGUGUACCGGAAACGACAAAAAAGUCGAGACAGUCGAGUUGUUCCUUUUCGUCUUCUUUCCGUAUACUCGUCGUACUCGCUAUUGUAUUGUUCGUAGAAGUUAAUACUUCUCUGCUGGUGCACAAAUACAGCACACGCGUUGUGGAGACCAAGUAUGGACCAUUGAGAGGUGUUAUGAUACAUAUUCAUCCGCCAGUUGAGGCCUUUCUUGGAGUUCCAUACGCUACCCCGCCCGUUGGUAGUUUGAGGUACAUGCCUCCAGUGACACCUUCUCAGUGGCAAAACACAAGAUUAGCAGACAGGUUUGGUGCAGUUUGUCCCCAGAGGCCGCCAGAUAUUGGUAAUCGAACAGAAGCACUACUUGAAUUCCCAAGAGGUCGUCUGUUAUACUUGGAAAAACUACUUCCACUACUCGCGAACCAAAGUGAGGACUGUCUGUUCCUCAACAUUUAUGUGCCUAGAGCAGGUAAUGGAGAUCCGGAACCAGAAGCCCUUCCUUGCAUAGUUUACGUCCAUGGAGAAAGUUAUGAGUGGAAUUCUGGAAAUCCUUACGAUGGUACAGCUUUAGCAUCAAUGGGAAAAGUGAUUGUGGUCACCAUAAACUUUCGGCUAGGAGUUCUUGGAUUCCUCAAGACUGGCACCAAGGGAAGCGCACAAGGCAACUUCGGCCUAAUGGAUCUGGUAGCCGGAUUGCACUGGCUCAAAGAGAACUUACCAGCCUUCGGGGGGGACCCCCAAAGGGUAACCUUGAUGGGGCACGGCACCGGGGCGGCGCUGGUCAACUUCAUCGCCGUUUCUCCAGCUGCUAAGGAACUUCUUCAUCGAGUGAUCCUGCUGAGUGGGUCGGGUCUGAGUCCUUGGGCGAUUCAAAGGGACCCGUUAUAUGUGAAAAGGACUGUGGCGGAACAUACCGGGUGUCAUGGAGACCUACUCGAAGACGACCUGGCGCCUUGUUUGAGACUGAAAUCAUUAGAUCAACUUCUUAGUGUGAAUAUCGAAUCUCCUAGAUUUUUACCAGGUUUCGCACCGUUCGUAGACGGUACGAUUCUCCUAAAUCCCUCUACCAAUGUGCCAUUGACGACAGGCGGUGGUACCUCCAGCACCGUCGCCACCUCUGCCGGCUUCGAGUUUGCGGACUUCCCAGAGCGGGACCUGAUCCUCUCCCUGACCAGCACCGAGUCCUACCUGGACCUCAGCGCGCAGGACCUCGAAUUCGGCUUUAACGAGAGCAGGCGCGAUCGCAUUUUGAGGACGUUCGUGAGAAAUUCCUAUUACUAUCAUUUGAACGAGAUAUUUUCGACGUUAAAAAACGAGUACACGGACUGGGAGCGGCCCACGCAGAAUCCGCUGAGUGUGCGGGACGCCGCGUUGGACGUGUUAAGUGACGGUCACACUGCCGCGCCUCUCAUUAGGAUAGGUUACCUGCAUGCCUUGAGGGGAGGGAAGACGUUUUUUCUACAUUUCAAUCAUCAGAACGGAGAGAGAGACUUUCCCAUGAGGACUGGUAGCGUGAGAGGAGAAGACUUGCCUUAUGUCCUUGGAUUGCCUUUAAUCCAAGGUGGAUUCUUCAUACACAAUUACAGCCGAACUGACAUAGCAGUAGCUAAAGCCCUGAUUCACUACCUCAGCAAUUUUGCCAAAACGGGAGACCCGAAUGGCGCUGUUCCAAAUGCAUCUGCUUCGGAAGCCAAGAAUGCACAACAAAAAGCCAAAGACGUCGAGGAGGGCGGUGCGCCAUACUACUGGGACACCUACGACACCAUCAAUCAACUCUAUCUGGAGCUAGGAAAUCGAGCGGAAAUGAGAAAUCAUUACAGAGGGCACAAAAUGUCGCUGUGGCUGAACCUAAUACCGCAGCUGCACCGUCCCGGCGAGCCUGUAGAUGACAUCUCAAUGAGACAUCAUCAUUUUCAGGAGGAAGGAGAUCAAUAUUAUGACGGUUCCGUCCGAGCCCAGACCAACCAGAAACCAUCGUUCAUACACGGCGUCCCCGACACAGCUCUGACCAGCCGCACCACAACGUCCAACCCCACGUCCUCCACACCUGCCCCUCCAAAAUCGGACACAGCCGUUCAGGCCACGACCACAGAGUGUCCCCCAAACGUGACCCUUGCCGUACCCAGCAUCUCGAAGAACAACCACAACAACCUUCUACGAAAGCUGGCAUCGAAUCAAUACCAGUCGUACACUACGGCCCUGACAGUGACCAUUGCCGUGGGAUGUUUUUUGCUGUUGUUGAACAUUCUCAUUUUCGCUGGUAUUUAUCAUCAGAGGGACAGGGGGAAGAAGGAACAGAAGAAAAAGGAAGAACAGGCGGAAGCGGGAAGCUGCAGUUCAUCGGCGGAGAUGUACAGCAAGAGCUACGAGACCCGCCAUAUGUCUUCCUACGACUGUGGCAAAAGCCCAUACCUACCCAGAGGCAACAGCUGCAAAUCCCUACACAACUACAUCGACGACUACGCGUGCGAGAAGAAGAUCUUCGCCGACGUGCAGAUGACAGAACUCCCCCUCCAACAGUUCAAUUCAUCCCCCAUCAAACGUCCACCGGAAGUGGUCAUAUCCACGCAGUCCACUUCCUGUCAACCUCCGGACAUCACCACUGUGUCCAAUACUUGCGUGGCCUCGCAAACAAACGAUCCAGACGAGGAUAAACCUUCGCAGCCUAAGACUGUUUCGGUGUGCAAUCAGACUGGUAUUUUAAGACCACACGGUGCCCCCACCACGCCUGGAACUAUGAAAAAACGGGUCCAGAUACAGGAGAUCUCGGUUUGAUGAUUUCGUGAAUUGAAGUGGAUGUAAUAUAUAGUUAAAUUGAAGUUAAUCAAAAAUGGCAGAUUGGAUAUCAUAUCUGACUGUUUUUUAGUUCCAUCAGAAGAUGUUUUAAGAAGAGUCGAACGAUUUUUAACCGAUAUUUUUGUAAUCCUGAAUACUUUCCGGAGCUUACUGUAUAUUGAUUGGUUUCAGUGUUCAUUCGGAUGUGUGAGCGAUGUGUGGAGGUCCCACCAAAUAUUCAGAAUAUCGCUGAUAGAAAAUGGAUUGAAAUUUGUUUACGUUUUAUCGUUUUUCCAAGUUGAACGUCCCUCACAUCCAUCCGAGUCUAGUUCGGACCCUCCUAAAAUGCAGGAAUUGUUUUUCAUAUGGUUCCUUUUACAGAAACUGAAGGAAUUGAUUCAAUUCACAAAUUGGCUUGAGUUAUCCAAAAGGGUGCAUACUUGGAUCAAAUAUAUAGACUACAUUUCUUGCAUUCAAGAUUUUACUCAUCGAAAAGUGUGAACUUAAAAUUGAUAUUGAAAUCAAAGACCAGAUCAAAAUCUAAUGUUUAAUGUUGUUGUUCAGUUCGUUAAUACCCGUUAUUGAACUUUUUUGAAAUGGACAAUCUAUUAUAUUUCUUUAAAUGUUUAUAGCUGUUAAUUGUAACAGAUUUCUCCGAUAAUUGUCAGCAUUUUCAUUAUGUAGUAUUGUCUGAAUAAAUUUCAGUGCAAUGUUCAUCGCAACGUGGACAAAAUGAAGGCGAAAAGAAUAUUCUGAGUGAAAUUUAUUAGUUGUUUUUAUUGUAUUGUUGCGUUGUUGCACUUGGAAAUGGAAUGUUAUCAGCAGAGGCCUAUUUCUAAAAGGAAAAUGGAAUAUGAAAUCAGUUUCCAUAUGUUGUUUUGUUCUUUUCAAUGAUUUGUAAUCAAAAUAACUAAAUAUACUUUAUCUUUAUAGAA